GCCGGAGCUCGUCGGGCUCCAGGCCAGUCCACCAACUCAAGGCGUUCUAGACAGCCAUGCGUCCGGCGGCUGCUCCGUCGGCCGCUCCGCCGCCCAGGUGGCUACUCAUCGCGCUAAGCGCGCUGCUGUUGCUGUGGCCGGCAGCCAGAGCCUGGGAGCUCACGAUCCUACACACCAACGACGUGCACAGCCGGCUGGAGCAGACCAGCGAGGAUUCCACCAAGUGCCUCAACGCCAGCCAGUGCGUGGGCGGCGUGGCGAGGCUCUACACCAAGGUGCAGCAGAUCCGCAAGGAGGAACCCAACGUGCUGCUACUGGAUGCCGGCGACCAGUACCAAGGCACCAUCUGGUUCACCGUUUACAAAGGUCUUGAAGUGUCACACUUCAUGAACACACUGCGCUAUGAUGCCAUGGCACUGGGAAACCAUGAAUUUGAUAACGGUGUGGAAGGACUGAUUGAUCCCCUCCUCAAAAGGGCCAAAUUUCCAAUUCUGAGCGCAAACAUUAAAGCAAAGGGAUCACUAAAAACCCAGAUAGCCGGAUUGUAUUUGCCAUAUCGAAUUCUUCCUGUCGGUGGUGAGAAAGUGGGGAUUGUUGGCUAUACUUCUAAGGAAACCCCCUUCCUCUCAAAUCCAGGGACAAAUUUAGUCUUUGAAGAUGAAAUCACUGCAUUGCAACCUGAAGUAGAUAAAUUAAAAACUCUAAAUGUGAGCAAAAUCAUCGCACUUGGCCACUCUGGUUUUGAAAUGGAUAAACUCAUUGCUCAGAAAGUGAAGGGCGUGGACGUCGUGGUGGGAGGACACUCCAACACCUUUCUUUACACAGGAACUCCACCUUCCAAAGAAACUCCUGCUGGGAAGUACCCAUUCAUAGUUACCUCCGAUGAUGGCCGGAAGGUUCCCGUGGUCCAGGCCUAUGCUUUUGGCAAAUACCUAGGCUAUCUGAAGGUGGAGUUUGAUAACAAAGGAAAUGUCGUCAGUUCACAUGGAAACCCCAUUCUUCUGAACAGCAGCAUCCCUGAAGAUCCAGUCAUCAAAGCUGACAUUAACCAAUGGAGGAUAAAGUUAGAUAAUUAUUCUACCCAAGAACUAGGGCGAACAAUCGUCUACCUGGAUGGCUCCACUCAGGCAUGCCGGUUCAGAGAAUGCAACAUGGGCAACCUGAUCUGUGAUGCUAUGAUUAACAACAACCUCAGACACCCGGAUGAAAUGUUCUGGAACCAUGUGUCCAUGUGCAUUUUAAAUGGAGGUGGCAUCCGGUCCCCCAUUGAAGAGAAGAACAAUGGCACAAUCACCUGGGAGAACCUGGCUGCUGUGCUGCCCUUUGGAGGGACAUUUGACCUGGUUCAAAUAAAAGGUUCCACCCUGAAGAAGGCUUUUGAACACAGUGUGCAUCGCUAUGGCCAGUCCACUGGGGAGUUCCUGCAAGUGGGCGGAAUCCACGUGGUGUAUGAUCUUACCCGAAAACCCUGGAACAGAGUGGUACAAUUAGAUGUUCUUUGCACCAUGUGUCGAGUGCCCAGUUAUGAGCCUCUGAAAAUGGAUCAAGUGUAUAAAGUGAUCCUCCCGAGCUACCUGGUCAAUGGUGGAGAUGGAUUCCAGAUGAUAAAAGAUGAAUUAUUAAAACAUGACUCUGGUGACCAAGAUAUCAGCGUGGUUUCUGAAUAUAUCUCAAAAAUGAAAGUAGUUUACCCGGCAGUUGAAGGGCGGAUCAAGUUCUCUGCAGGAAGCCAUUACCAGGGAAGCUUUCCUUUAGUGCUUCUUUCGUUCUGCGCAGCGAUCCUCGUUUUGUACCAAUGAUGGAAAGCUCCUUGUCCUUGAUAUCAAACUACAUUUUUCUUCCAGUUAUAUUCAAAUCUGGAUCUUACCAUCCUCAAGGCUCCUCGCUGAUCCUCAGCACUUUGCUAGGAAGAGACUAUAAGCAUGGCAUCAUCUGUCAAGGCGAGCAACUCAGUGAGCAGAUAGAAAGUCAAAGGGAAGCAACUGGGUCCUUGGGGAGUGGGGGAAGAAAACAACUGGAUGUAAUUUACAUACCCACAUAACACGUUUUGUUAUCUUUGAACCACAAAAAUAAUUCUUCACUUUCUAUUUAUUUAUAAUCCAUCAAACAACUGAUGUUUACACAGAACUUCAUCAUUGCCAGCUGUGGUGGCCCAUGCCUGUAGUCACAGCACUUGGGAGGAAGAAGAGGACGGCUGCCAAGUUCCAGGCCAGCCUGACCUACACAGAGUUUCAGGCCAGUCAGUUAGGCGGCAAGGCUCUCACAAACAAAAAACAUUAUAAUUUACAUGGAGAUUUUUGUAGAUAAGCAAAUGUUGUUUCCUUUGCUAUGUAAGCAGAAAGGGUUGGCUCAUUCAAGGCUAUAUAUCCCCCAAAGGAUGCAUCUAAAACCUGUACCUAGGGCUAGAGAUGGCUCAGAGGUUAAGAGCAUUGCCUGCUCUUCCAAAGGUCCUGAGUUCAAUUCCCAGCAACCACAUGGUGGCUCACAACCAUCUGUAAUGGGGUCUGGUGCCCUCUUCUGGCCUGCAGGCAUACACACAGACAGAAUAUUGUAUACAUAAUAAAUAAAUAAAUAAAUAAAUAAAUAAAUAAAUAAAUAAUCAUUAAAAUAAAUAAAUAAAACCUGUACCUGGUCUUUUGACCUAAAAGUCAAUACUCUCUCUUACAUCAAGAUUCCUCACUUCCUGGCAAUGGCCCCAGAUGACAAAUCUCUGGUUUAUUUCUGCCCGCCACACUAUCCUUUCUUUUUUUUUUGGUUUUUCGAGACAGGGUUUCUCUGUGGCUUUGGAGCCUGUCCCGGAACUAGCUCUGCAGACCAGGCUGGUCUCGAACUUACAGAGAUCCGCCUGCCUCUGCCUCCCGAGUGCUGGGAUUAAAGGCGUGCGCCACCAUCGCCCGGCCACACUAUCCUUUCUUUCUGGUUCCUAUUGUCUACGAAUUUUGAAAGACUGGACACUGGACAGGAUCCUGUCUCACAACACCGAUGUGCCUUUGACAAGUCACUGUAUAAAGCAAAUAACAGAUUAGUUCAGGGACUGUAAGAGGCAGUCAGUCAAGGGGUAGGAGAGAAAGGGAGGGGAGGACAUGAGAAGGACCAGUGCAUUACAGAAGAGAGGAUGGGCAUUUAGAUGUGCUUCAUAAACACUGACAACGGAGCAGAACAUUGUGAGAUUGUAGAAGCCCCGCCUCUCUCUCCUUCCUUCUUCCUCACUUGGAACUUUCUAAAACAAACUGUAACUUUCUAAAACAAACUGUAAUUUUAAAUCUGUACCCAUCUUGCCCAAGAUGCCAAUACAGCUCUCAUUCCAGUCAUACCAAGUACAUCAUGGAAAACUCCAGCAUUCUGGAAGGCAACAGUGAUUUUAAGAAGUGGUACAAACAUUUGAAGUCACGGAGACCCAAACCCCAAGCAACCACUAUAAGGCACACUCAAGUCCAGAUACAAGAGUACCAACAAUGAGCCCUAAGGGAUGCCGAAGAGAUACCCAGACUGAAGAAAUAAUCUAUGCCCACAGAACACCUGACUAAGAUGGUCCUGUGACCAAGUGAGUAUGGCCAGCACCACAUCAGUAAUCAAGAAACGGGAGCCUUCGCUUAACCACGAAACAACAGCUAGAUGUUUGGACAGGAAAUGUUUCCUAGUGUUUACAAAUAAGUACUUUUGACACGAAACAUUUUAAAAUUUCAAUCCUUUUAUGAAGUCUGUUGCAGUAAAACAUUGCCUUCAGCUCUGUGAAUGUACAGACUAGUUAUAAACAGAAAUGUCAAAAAGUAUGUAAAAAAUAAAGGUGCAUUUGAGGUAUAUGUUUAUGCUUGGCCAGUAAAUGAGGAAAAAUCUUAUUACAGCAUAAUUUUUAAGUAAUAUUUUGUAAUUUUUCUGAAUGUGUGUGUAUAUGUUUUGUGCCACAGUGUUGAGAAACGACUUGAACUACUUAUUAUAAACUCCAAACAAUAAAACUGCA